CCUAAUUGCCAUAGCUGAUUUUAUCUCCAGUCGGUACACUUUAAGAUUUACCAUCCCCUGUUUAAUUCCUUUCAUUCCUCCAUCAGAAUGUUUGGAUCAUUUUCUUUGAUCUCUGGUAUAAAAGAGUACUCUUGAAACAAAGCAUUACCAUAGCAACAGCCACUGCUGCUCCCUAGAUAAGGAGUGCAGGAGCACACAGCAGCAGCAGUGAAAAACGUUCCUGCUUCAGUGAGUGCUGACCCGGUAUCACACCCAUCCCAGAGCCUUUCACCGGUCGCUUCAAGAGAAAACCUUUUCAAUGAUGUCAACAGAGUAUGUGCAACCACUUGAUAUCCCAGAAGACAGAUUGGACAAGCGAGACUCACACUGCAACCGUUUAGAUGACCUUUCAGAACAGUUCAUUAAGAAUUGUGACCUAAAAAAGAAACCAAGAAAGGGUAAAAAUAUCCAGGCUUCCCAGAACAGUGAGCUGGAACAGAAAAAGCCAAGGAGAAAGGAUACACCUGCCUUACACACCCCACCACCUAUACCAGGCAUCCUCUCAGACUUUUCAGAACAUUUAAUUAAAAGGUGUGACAUCACCGAAAAACCACAGAAGGGUAAAGUGAGUUCAGUCUCUCAGCUCACUGAUCAGGAACAGAAAAAACCCAGGAGAAAAGAUACACCUGCAAUACACAUCCCACCCCUUAUACCAGGUACUAACCUGCUUAAAGAAGAAAAGCAGACAGUGAUUGUGGAAGAUGAUGAAAAGGAUGGCGAAAAAACCCUUAUUUAAGAUUAUUGUGAUAUCUCCAAAACUAUUGUAAAUAAUUCCAGAUCAUUCAAAAUGGUAGCAUAUAACAAAGCCCAUUUGUUUUUAUAAAUAAUUUUUGAAAGCAUGCACUGCAUUUAAGCUAGUACCAAAUGCUUAUCUGUAAAUGGCUAGCAUUGGAAAAGAUGAAAGUAAAUAGACUUGUGGUUAGGGUUGGAAGAAAUAUCUUGUAUUAUCUAGCCCUAUCAUGCAGAAUUUUUCUACACUGAUCCCAUCUGAAGACAAAAAAUUUUUUGGACAUCUCUAACAGUGGCCACAAGGGAUGCCAGCUAGCCAUUAUAGCUAGCACCACAUAACAGGGUGGGAGCUGUGAGUGUGGGACACCCACUAACUAACGACAGGCUUCUCUUGAGAAGAGAGCUGCUAUAGGUCUAUCCCACAAAAGGACAGCACCGGGCAGAAGUAGGCCAGCUUCUACACCACCACCCCUUUUUCCCAUGGUUGUGAAAAUGUGGCUAAAGUUUUUAA